UUUACAGCUUUUCUUCUGCAAAAUUUUCUCAAGCAUUUCGAAACGAAGUUGGCUCAUCCAUGGACUCCUUCAAUCUCAACAGACAUCUCAAAGAACAAUUUGUGAGCAACUUAACGGGAUCUUCGAAGCUCGAAAUUUUCUUUCUCAUCACAAAUGUUUCUAUUUUGAUUCUUGUUAGACAUGGCAUCAGUUGGAUCAAUUCUGCUUCUGCUAAGAAAGAUGAUAAUGCUGCGGGUAGUGGCAAGAGCAUGAAAGCGUACUUUGGAUCUUUGCUUGUUGACUUUCUCUGCCUUGCUGUUCCUUACAUACUAUUUGUGACUGUUCUGGCAGAAUGGACUUAUCAGAACACGUUCGUGAUGCUUUUGCAGUUGAUCUUCCUGAGAACAUUUGAGAGAAACCGAUCUUCAUUCUUGCAGGAAGAUGACCUAGAAGUCGUUAGGACAAAUAUAUCAUCUUAUAGGGUUUCCAUGAUGCUUCUUACAUGCACCUCUAUUUUGGCUGUUGAUUUUAAGAUAUUUCCCAGAAGAUAUGCGAAAACAGAGGCAUAUGGCACUAGCUUGAUGGAUCUUGGGGUAGGUUCAUUUGUAGUGGCAAAUUCCUUGGUUUCACGGCAGGCGCGUGGCAUCUCGAAUAUGACAUUGAGACACACCCUUAUUUCGACUAGUCCUUUAAUUGUUUUGGGGUUUGCUCGACUUAUUUCGACAUCAAGUGUAAAUUAUCAGGUUCAUGUUGGGGAAUAUGGUGUCCAUUGGAAUUUCUUUUUCACUCUAGCUGCUGUGUCUAUCCUCACGUCAAUUAUUAACGUUCAUCCAAAAUACUGUGGGAUUCUUGGUUCCUUUAUCCUCAUUGGGUACCAAGCUUUACUAUUAAGUGGGUUUAAUAAAUAUCUACUCUCUGAAGAAAGGGGAACGGACAUCUUCAGUCAAAACAAGGAAGGAAUAUUUAGCAUAUUCGGGUAUUGGGGUAUGUAUCUUCUUGGUGUCAGAAUAGGAAGCCAUCUCUUCUUUAGAGACAAACUUGAUAGUAUCACAAAAACCAAGAAAUGGACAAGGACUAGAGUUUGGGCUCUUUGCCUUCUUUUCUGGUCAGUAACUUUGCUUGUGGACUGGCAAGUUGAACCAAUAUCUCGUCGAAUGUGUAACUUGGGCUACGUAUGUUUCACUUUAGCUUCCAACCUUCAGGUGCUAGCCAUACUAAUGAUGUCUGAUUAUGUAUCGGGAUGCAAGAGUUCAGCUCUAGAAGAUGCACUUAAUCAAAAUUUACUGGCAACUUUUCUUCUGGCCAACAUCCUUACAGGAUUGGUGAACUUGUCCGUUGACACCCUGUCUGUAUCCUCAACCUCAGCUCUGGCUAUCCUGUUCGCUUAUGCAUUCGUUUUAUCUUUUGCUGUUGGACUUGCUGGUUUUCUUGGCAUUAAGUUUAAGUUCUGGUAGUGAUUGGUAAGACUUGUUUGAUUUCUCUUCUUUGUCCAGAAACUGUAACGUUAACUAUGCUAGAAUGAUUUACGAUCUCAUGUAGCCCUACUGCGCCUCAUUGAUCGCAAUGUGAUUCAGGCCUAAUCAUCCUUCCAACUGCAGAAUUACAGUGUUGAUUAGUCCGUACUGGUGGAUGGAAGUAAAGAGAGAGGAGUACUCAAAAAACUAAUUCUUUAUCUACUAAAAAUACAACGAUUCAUAAUUCUCCAGAAAUACCGAAUUUCUUUGUUUGUAGAAUAGGAGUGGAUGUAUAUAUAUCCAUUGUAAUUGUAUUGGGUGCAUAGUCAAAUUAUCAAUCAGCAGAAAAUAAUUGAUCCCUUCA